AUGAGAGGGGAGAUUUAUGGUUGGAUCAAGUUAAAGGUUGGGAAUGGUAUCACAACAAGAUUUUGGACAGACAAUUGGUCACCUUUCGGUUCUCUCCGAAGGUUCCUUGCAAAUGAUUCUAAUUUCUCGCUUGGGGUUCAAGAUGAAGCAACAGUAUCUUCUCUCUUCAGGAAUGAUCAUUGGCUUCUUCCACAACCUCGUUCUGAGAAGCAACUACAGCUGCAUGCUUUCCUUACAACCCUGGAAUUAACAACAGAGGAAGACUGCUAUGAAUGGGAGAUAGGAGGGAAAAUCUCAUCAGUUUACUCAACUGGAGAUGUUUACAGAUGCUUGAUGGGGAAUAGAGCUCCUGUACCUUGGGAACAAACUGUCUGGAUCGCUGGAGGCAUUCCAAAGCACUCAUUCCUCUCUUGGUUAUUCAUCUUAAAUCGCUGCCCUACCCGAGAUAGAUUACUGCGUUGGGGACUGCAAACGCCAGCAACUUGCGUACUCUGCAACUCUACUGCGGAAUCAAGAGAUCAUCUUUUCUUUGCCUGCCCACUAUCAUGGAACAUGUGGUCUGCUUUGGCUCCUCGCUGUGGUUUGAAUCCUGCUCAACAAUGGACUGAUGAAAGGAAUAGCAGACUCCACCGGAACAUCUUUCGCUCUCACGAUGCACUACUGCGGUUGAUUGAUCGUCAGAUCAGAGACCGUUUACUCAGCUACAGAGACACUAGUCCCCGGUUAUCCUCAAGGAUGAUGCAACAAUGGCUUGCCUGA